CCAUUUCAUAUGACGUCAUAUCCAAGAUGGCGGAAAACUGUGUUUUUCAUUGAAAAUUUCGCAGUCCUCGAAUUCGACUCGAUUUUCUCGCUAUCGUGGCAGAUAUAUCGAUAUCAGACUUCAUAUUUUAGUAGUAGAGAAAGCAUAAGAAGCCAUACAGGACGGUGAAAGAUGAGUGAGCUUUCUCAGGACGAGAUGCGCCGGAGACGGCUGGCACGUUUAGCUGCUGGGGGUCUCUCCACAUCCCCUCCCCAGGGCUCAGGAACCACCCCCACCCCCUCCCCCUCGAGUAGCACCCCCACCUCCCCCACCCAAGCUGCCAGUAGCCAACUCACUUCUCCUUCCCAGAGUCCCAGCAGCCAGCUGACAUCUCCUGCCCAGGGUGCUCAGUCACCCCUGCAGUCUGGGUUUCUGACCCCGGGGGAUCGCUCCCCACGGACCCCCAGUUCCCCCACAACUCCGGUCACCCCGACAGGCGCCAGGCCGAGACAGAGGGCUGGGGCUAGUGCCACUCUAGACUAUGGUUCUCAGUCGUCUCAGAGUCAGAGUAUGGAUACAGAUAGUGAAAAAGGGACUCUGUCCCAGAUAGAUGUGGACUCAGGUAUAGAGAACAUGGAAGUGGAGGAGGUAGAUAGAAAGGAUGGUGCUGUGUCCCAGAGGGAGCCCAGCUGUAGUUCUGAGCUGAAUGAAGAGCAGCUGCUAGCAAUAGUGUGUCGGAUCCUGCGGGUCUCAUGGAAGAAACCUGAACAGGACGUUGUCUUCCUUCCUGGGCUGGCUGCUGAGUUCAAACAGGACCCAAAACAAGUAUACAACAGUCUACAGGACCUGGUUAGUCAGAUCUUAGUGGAAGUGCUGACCAUGCCACAGGCGCAAUCCCACAAUCCCUUUGCCAGUCUGACGGCCACGCCCUCCCAGUCCCUGUCUAGUAUCACCAGUAAGAAGUUUGGUACCAGUCCCUUCCAUGGUUUGCCCAGCCCCGGUGCAGAAGGUGCUACAGCCUCUGCUAGUUCGUCCUCCUCCACCAGUGACAGGUUCCAUAUCCCAGCCUGUAGGGAGACAGAGAUCCUCAACUAUCUACUGGAGUGCUUUGACAGGGUGGGCAUGGAAGAGAGGACAGCUCCAAAGCGGUGUAGCCAGCCGCCCGUGUGCUCUCUCCUGAACGACCUGAGGACCCAGUGCUGUACCCACGCCAUCCUGGUGUUGCGGGGGGCCUUCACGGAACCGCGGGCUCCGGGCAAGCAGUCGUACCUGGUGCCGUACCUGCUGUGUCGUAACCUGCCGCGGGGGUUUCUGCACGAGCUGGUCAUGAUGGCAUGUCAGGAUCCUGAGGACUUCCAGGGGGUUAUUGGUGUCGUUCUGCAAGACUUACAACAGACCAUGUCUGAGUUUUCAAUGGAGAACGACAACUACAAGUACCCUCUCAUGGCCCUGACAGAACUAUGUGAACUACGGAAGGGGACUUCCUCCCACAGACCUGUCUGUAACCUGAUUGCCCUGCAGACCACCUGGCUCCCUGAGACCCUGACCCAGGCUGGAGGGAGGGAGAUACAGAAGCUGUCCUUCCUGGGCCAGUUCCUCAGUCUUUCAGCUUUUGCUGAGGAUGAUCCCAAGAUUGCAGAGAGGUUCUUUGCUGGCCCAAUGCUGACUCAAGACAGUACACGACUCAUCAACAGUUCCUUACAACAAGCGCUGGACUUUGCCAGGGGCGAGAUGUUCAAGAUCAUCCACAGUCUUCUGGUGAACAGCGAGACCAGGGACGCCAUGAUGUCGUACCUGCAGGCCGUGAUCGCCCGUAACCACAAGCGAGCACAGAUGCAGGCUGACGAACGGAUGGUCGCCCAGGACGGGUUCAUGCUCAACAUCAUGACUGUCCUGCAGCAACUCAGUGUUAAGGUCAAAAUGGACAAGGUGGAUGCCCUGUACCCCCACCAUCCCAAGUCCCGUAUUGACCUGUCGGAAGAGACAAGGCUUAGAUGUUCUUCUGAGGAGUGCAAGACAUGGACGGAAGAACUAAAUAAGGAGCCUUCCAACUGGGUGGACCCCAAGUUCCCGACAGAGUGUUUCUUCCUGACGCUCCACUGCCACCACCUGGCCCUGUUACCGGCCUGCAGGAACUACAUGCGCCGGGCACGUGCCAUCAGAGACCUCCAGCGGGCCCUGGAGGAACUGCAGGCCCAGGAGCCCCUGUGGAGGAACCUGCCCACUGCCAACAGACACAGAGAGACGUUAAAGAGAUGGAAAGCACAGCAAAAGAAACUGACCAGAAGCAAGGCAUGUGCAGAAGCAGUGUUACACGAUGAGUCCAUGUUGCGAAGGUGCUUGCACUUCUACGGGAUGGAAGUCAUGCUGCUCUUCAAGAUUCUUGACCCCAAGAACCCCAGACCAACCCUACCCCUGGUAGAAGAUGUACCCAUGGCGUUUGCUGCUCUGCCAGAAUUCUAUGUGGAAGACCUGGCUGACUUCCUCAUGUUUGUGCUACAACAUGCCCCCCAGGUCCUGGAAGACCCCUGUACCCAGGAUAUAGUUCUCUUCCUGCUGCUGAUGGUGGCCACGCCCAAGUACAUGCGGAACCCCUACCUCACCUCCAAACUCAUAGAGGUGAUGUUUGUGGCCAAUCCCGCCGUACAGCCACGUACGGAAAGGAUCCACGAGAUGAUCGUGUCCCACCCUCUGGCAGCGCCGUACCUGGCACCCGCACUCAUCAGGUUCUACUCAGAUGUUGAGACAACGGGAGCCAGCAGUGAGUUCUAUGACAAGUUCAGCAUCCGCUACCACAUCAGUAUCAUCCUGAAGACACUCUGGAAGAUCCCAGCUCACCAGAGAACUAUCAUAGAGGAGAGCAACACUGGGAAGGACUUUGUCCGUUUUGUGAACAUGUUGAUGAAUGACACCACCUUCCUGCUGGACGAGAGUUUGGACUCGCUAAAGAGAAUCCACGAGACACAAGAAGCCAUGAAGGAUGUGGCCACAUGGGAGUCACAGCCGAGGGAUAUGCAGGAGAGCCGUCGACGCCAGCUGAAUAUUGAUGAGCGCCAGUGCCGGUCGUACCUAACACUAGCCACAGAGACAGUGGACAUGUUCCACUACCUCACUGUGCAGAUCAAAGAGCCAUUCCUUAGACCUGAGCUAGCGGACAGAUUGGCGGCCAUGUUGAACUUUAACCUUCAGCAGCUGUGCGGACCCAAGUGUAAGGACCUGAAAGUGCAGAACCCAGAGAAGUUCGGCUUCGAACCCAAGAGACUUCUGGGACAGCUGAUUGACAUCUACCUGCACCUGGACUGUGAGAAGUUCGCAGAUGCCAUAGCAAAUGAUGAGCGCUCCUACAGAAAAGGUGUGUUUGAGGAUGCCUGUGGGGUGAUGAUGCGGGCCAUGAUUAAGACACAGUCGGAGAUCGAACACUUCGCUAACCUUGCAGAGAGGGUGGAGAAGAUUCUGGUCCAGAAACUCAAGAGUGAAGCUGACUUCAGCGAUGCUCCUGAUGAGUUCAAAGAUCCCUUGAUGGACACCCUGAUGGAGGACCCCGUGAUCCUCCCCUCUGGAACGGUAAUGGACCGUGCCAUCAUCACUCGCCACCUCCUGAACUCACAGACAGACCCCUUCAACAGGCAGAGUCUCAGGGAGGACGAACUCAUUCCUGCCGAUGAGCUGAAACAAAGGAUAGCAGAUUGGAAGAGGGAGAAGAUGCAGUGAGAGAGUGCUUAAUAGGAAGAUUCCAGAGACAACAAACGAAAUCUCAACGGGAAGAGAAAACAUUACGGUCCUGCUCCAAUGUUCAGUGUUUCCUUGAGCAAUAUUUGCUUGCUUGCUGCACACGGUUAUGAAGUCACUCACAGUGCUUGUGUACCCCUCUACUACAGUGUAUCGACCCAAAUGUCAGUAAAUGUUUGCCAAAUAUUCUGUUAUUUGACUAGUACUUCCCAAUGUUUUGAAUGCUCUGAACGUGUUCUCAUAUGUUUAAUGAGAGCAGCCAGUUUUACUCUUGAUGUUUGCUGUAGGUCCUUCUAUGUCUUUCUUUACUCAUACUGUAAGCUUACAUUGUAUAGUCAUCAGAAGGAUACUGUGAAGCAUACAAUUAUUGGUCAAUAUGUAAAACACCAGAAAUUGGAGCCAGACGGACAAAUGUAAGAAUGAUAAUGACUAGUGAUCCACAGUACAUUGAUAUGAAUUCACAAGAACUGAUCUAUGAAAUACAGUAAAGUCAACUAUGGGGAAGAAGGUGGAUUUUUUUCAGGUGAGAUUGUAAGGAAGGUUUGAGGUCGAUUUAUCAAGAAACAUGGGACAUUCUUGUUGCACUCAUACUAUAGUAAAACACUUCCUUUUAAUGUCUAUUUUUUCUUGACUUUGCACUGACUAACAGUACGAAAGUGUCAAAACAGUAAUUUUUGUCUGAUACCAGUCUGAAACAUAAAGAUGGCUUUGAGUUUAUGAAUCAUAAUGAAGGAUGGACUGUAUAUGUAACUAA